CUACAGUCUUAUUCUGUUCUUUGUGGAGAAAAUAUCAUGCAUAACAUUUACUCAAUUCGAACUUGCACCACUUUCAAAACUGCUUCCAACCUCACUGCUAAAUUGGCUUCCCUCUGCAGUAGUCCGCAUGUUUAUCAUGCAAGAUAGCUACCACGGCUGUAAAACAAUUGAUAGGUGUAUGUGUUGACUGAACCAAUUCCCAGUCAACGCACUCAAACUUUUAUAAAAAUCCAGUCGACAAACAAAACACAAAAAGGGGUGGAAAAAAAAAAAAAGAGACAACGACUAAUCAUAGACAACUUUUGACUUUUAGCCUGGACUCUAUCUAAUUCCCGGCCAGAUCAACUAUUGAUUCAAGAAAGCAACCACAUUAGCCGAUGAUAGUAAAAAAGACAGAACAAAAUCAUCAUAGUCAAUUUGCAGAUAAAAUGUUUGUAAAAAAGCUCUGGAUUGCUACUCUUGUACUACUUGUAAUCUGCACAAACAUAUCCAAAGCCCAAAAUAUUACUCAGUGUUCUUCUUCUUGUGGUGAUAUUCAUAACAUCAACUUUCCUUUUCGAUUCAAAGCUGAUCCAAAGAAUUGUGGAGAUUCAAGGUUUGAGCUUGAUUGACAGAACAAUCGUACUGUCAUAAGUUUGAAUUCACGAAAAUAUAACGUGCUCGAAAUCAACUAUGAUGAAUUCUUGAUCAGGGCAAUUGACCCUGGUUUGGAGAAUCAGAGCAAGAACUGUACUUCGUUUCCCAAUUAUUUCACCACCACUUAUCCUAGUUCCUCAACUUUUGGCGAUAUUGAUCCGAUUAUUCCCGUUAUAUAUGUCAAUUGUUUAGCCACUGUAAAUUCUUCGCGCUAUGUGAAAACUACUUUCUGUGGAUCACAGAACAAGACUUUAAAUUCUUCCCAAAGUCAUAGCUAUGUGGCCAUUGGACAAGACAUGUCGAUUUCGGAUUUGGCUGAGAGUUGCAGAGUGGAAAUGGUAGCUUGGGCCUCAGCUCAUGGGCUUUCAGGGGACAAUACUUCCCUAUCGGGCAUUGAGGGUGCCCUGAGUUAUGGAUUUGAGCUUUCUUGGAAGCGUACCUUCUUGUGUAGAGAAUGUGAAGCGAGGCAAGACAACACCUGUUUUGCUGAAGGUGAUGGCUUUAGUUGCAGGCACCGAUGCUACGAUGACACGGGGAUAGAUCUUCCCCUCCCUUGCAGCAUCCACUACUAUGGCGGUACGUAUGAGAUACUGAAGUGCUAUAACUUCAUUACACUAAGCAUUCCUUUGAAAGGAGACCGUUAAAGCAAUAUGUUUUACAGUAUAAUCCCCCUUCAAGUCUUUAUACAAUUUGUUUCCUCUAACGUAAUUUUUCCGUUGUGAUUUGCCCAUUUUGACAGUUCUUACUAUAUUGUACGGUGGAAUAGUUAUAGGUGAGUCUUCUUUCAACAAGGAUAAGAAUUCUUGGUACACUCUGAAUUCUGAAAAUGAAAAUAAUAGCUUUGAAGCUUUUACUCAAGCCCCUUUACCCUAGGAAAAUGGAUGUGGUUUUCUUACUAAUUCCUUCCAUUUUCUUUUUCAAAUUAUGCAGUUUCACUUCUGUCAUUCCGAUUUUUCUGUGGAUUCAUUUUCCUGAUUGCAUUAGUAGUGUAUAAAUGGAGAAGACGACACUUCUCUAUGUAUCAAUCAAUUGAAGACUUCCUGCAAAUCCAAAGCAACCUCUUGACAAUUAAAUACUCCUACUCUGAGAUUAAGAAGAUGACUAAUAAAUUCAAGGAGAAACUAGGAGAAGGAGCUUAUGGAACUGUCUUUAAAGGAAAGCUGCGUAGUGGUCCUUUUGUUGCAGUGAAGAUGAUGCACAAAUCUAUGGCGAGUGGGCAAGAAUUUAUUAGUGAAGUUUCCACAAUUGGAAGGAUUCACCAUGUUAAUGUCGUGCAGCUCAUUGGAUUCUGUGUUGAAGGCUCAAAACGUGCUUUGAUAUAUGAGUUCAUGAUCAAUGGUUCCUUGGACAAGUACAUAUUUCUGCAAGAAGGAACUGUUUCCUUGACUUACAAGCAAAUGUUCAACAUAUCUCUUGGAGUGGCCCGUGGCAUAGACUACUUACAUCGGGGCUGUGACAUGCAGAUCUUACAUUUUGAUAUUAAGCCUCACAACAUUCUUCUUGAUGAAAAUUUCAAUCCCAAAAUAUCUGACUUUGGGCUUGCAAAAUUGUACCCGACAGAUGAUAGUAUUGUGAGUAUCACUGCAGCAAGAGGGACAAUGGGUUACAUGGCUCCAGAGUUGUUUUAUAAAAACAUUGGAGGAGUGUCAUACAAAGCCGACGUAUAUAGUUAUGGCAUGUUAUUGAUGGAAAUGGCAGGCAGAAGGAAGAACAUGAACCCAUUUGAGGACCACUUGAGCCAAAUUUACUUUCCUACAUGGGUUUACGACCAAUUUAAUGAAGGAAAUGAUAUAGAGAUGCAGGAUGCAAGCGAGGAAGAUAGGAGGUUUGUCAAGAAGAUGAUGAUUGUGGCUUUGUGGUGCAUACAAAUGAAGCCUGCUGAUCGUCCUGCCAUGAACAAAGUUGUUGAAAUGCUUGAAGGAGAUGUUGAACUCCUACAGAUGCCCCCAAGACCUUUUAUAGCUCCUCGUGAGAUUGCUGGAGAUGGUUUUGAGACAAUAAGAAUUUCCAGUGACAUAUAGGUGACUACUCACUGUUCUGUGCAAACUAUGGUCAUAAUUUACUUAAUUUCUGAUUUAGUUCAUGACGUCCAAUAUCUAUCAGAAGAACUCAAUCUCAGCCCACAAGUAGUCAUUUCGGUGAGACUAUUUCCUCCUUGGUUUUAAUGGUAAGUAUUUGAGUUUAAUAUGAUGCUUUAGUAAAGUGUAUAUUAGUUUUCAUAUUGGUGUUGUAAAUUAUUGGAAAAGGUAAAUAUCAAGCAUAGAUGCAUCAAACAAGGAAAUGAUUACACCUUCAAAUUUUCGUGUACGCGGAUUGUCUUUAUGGAGUGAGAACAUCUUGUUUUUCUCAGGAGAAGCAAUUUCUUGGUAAAAAAUCCCUUUAAGAGGAUAACCUGAAUUUAAACUUGCCACAGCUCAUACAAGCGAAAUCAUUAAGGGUUACUGCAUCAUCUUCACUCCUUCCAGCACCAUUGGGACUACUACUGUGAUGGAGAGCCUGAUAGGUAUCACUGAGCACAUGCAUUUUGUAGUAGAAAACUUAUCAGCAUCACCUUCUACACACCAUUUAAUCACAGUUAUGUUGGCAUGGCCUUCUUUAGUAGUUAGGAAGAAAUUUGUAAGGCAGAAAUAUAUUGUAUCCCCCACCACAGAAGCCGAGCAAAUAAAGCUUCUAAUUUUUGCAUGUUAAAUCUUAGUUAUCAUCCCAGGUUAUCAGACUGAUGAAUGGUUGAUGAUUAAACUACCACAUCAAUGGCAUUAAGUUUCCUUUUAAAAGGUAUCUCCUUGGCUAGAUUGAGGCCCUAAUCUCAAUUAAACUGAAGUGUAUUUCCUUGCAAACAAUUACCUUGGUGGCUACUUGAUUUGAUUUUGAUUCAUUUCCUCCUAUAUUUGUCUGAAUAUUUGGGUGAUCCGUAUAUUUUGCUGGCGUCUAUGAGAAGAGAAAGCAAGGUGCUGCACCUACAUAUAGAAAACGAAAUGUGUAUGGACUUUAGCAGCAUUCCUAACCAUCUUUUCGAUGAUA